UUUGCCUCUCGCUCUCCUCAGCAUAAGUUGCUCGAAGCAUACAACGUUAAACUGAGACAGUGAAACCGUAAUAUUAUCCUCUUCAAAAUUUUCUGAAAAUUCCUUGAUUUUUAGAUUCACGGGAAGAACGUUUUCUGUACAGAAGCUGAUAUGCUUAUGAAUGGCGUGGAGAGUGGCAGGGAGAAAGGGUAUCCGUGCUUGUCUAGCUGAAGCAUUGACCAUUUCAUUUAGAGAUCCAGUGUUCCCAAAUACGAAAGUUGACCUUGAAGCAGCUCAGACUACAUUUUUUUCCUUAGUCAAGCAGAAACAAUCAUAUAGCGUAAACCCAGGAUUACGGAUAUUUGAUGAUUUGAACUUCUUCAGCAGCAGAUGUCUGAUCAGGCUUUUUCAUGCUAGUCCUCAAUUACUGGUGAGAAGAGAUGAUGACACACCAUGGGGACUAAAGACGCAGCGGAAAGGAAAGUUCAAGAACAGACCAAAGAGCAGUUCACCGCCAGUUGAAGCUCCUUACGUGCCUCCUAAAAUAAAAAGGGUUGCCAGAUCCUUGCCAGAUAAAACAAUUGAAAUAUUUGAGGGCAUGACCAUUUUAGAGCUUGCCAAGCGAUGUGGAGAAUCCAUACCUACCAUGCAGAGUAUUCUUGUAAAUGUUGGAGAGAAAGUUGAUUCAGAAUUUGACCCUCUUGGCAUUGAUAUUGCAGAAUUGGUUGCAAUGGAAGUUGGGGUCAAUGUAAGGAGGCUUCACUCUGAUGAGGGCACUAAUGUACUACCACGGUCUCCAGUUGUGACAGUGAUGGGUCAUGUUGACCAUGGUAAAACAUCUCUUUUGGAUGCUCUACGUCAAACUUCUGUGGCAGCUAAGGAAGCUGGGGGCAUAACACAGCAUUUAGGUGCCUUUGUUGUUGGGAUGCAAUCAGGGGCGUCAAUUACAUUCCUUGAUACUCCUGGUCAUGCUGCAUUCAGUGCCAUGCGAGCUAGAGGUGCGGCCAUCACAGAUAUAGUUGUGCUGGUGGUGGCUGCUGAUGAUGGCGUGAUGCCUCAAACUCUGGAAGCAAUGUCGCAUGCAAAAGAAGCUGGUGUUCCAAUGGUGGCUGCAAUUAAUAAAUGUGAUAAACCAACAGCUAACCCAGAAAGAGUGAGACUCCAGCUCGCAGCAGAGGGGCUGCUGUUGGAAGAGAUGGGUGGUGAUGUCCAGGUUGUUGAAGUUUCAGCCAUAAACAAGAUUGGACUGGAUAAGUUGGAGGAGGCUUUGCUUCUCCAGGCUGAGUUGAUGGAUCUUAAAGCUCGUAAUGAUGGACCAGCUCAAGCUUAUGUAGUUGAGGCAAGGCUUGACAGGGGACGUGGUCCUUUAGCUACUGCUAUAGUAAAGGCGGGAACCUUAGUUUCUGGUCAGUUUGUUGUUGUAGGUGCCGAGUGGGGAAGGAUAAGGGCCAUCAGAGAUACAGCAGGGAAAAUGACAAAUUUUGCUAGACCUGCAAUGCCCAUUGAGAUUGAGGGGUUAAAGGGACUUCCAAUGGCUGGUGAUGACAUUAUUGUCGUGCACUCGGAGGAAAGAGCACGAAUGCUUAGUGAAGGGAGGAAAAAGAAACGAGAGAGGGAUAGAUUAAGGAAGCUAGAAAAGGAGAAACGAGAAAAAGAAAAAGAGGAGGAAAUAGAAGGAGAAGAAGAGGAAGAAGAAGAAUUGGAAGCACCUGAACUAGGAGAUCAAAGAGGAGGAGGAAAGAGAAGAAGAAAAGAGAGAAGAAAGUUACAAGAGAAAGAAAAUAAGCCCAAACGGCCAGAAUUGCCAAUUGUAGUUAAAGCAGAUGUUCAAGGCACUGUGGAGGCAGUUGUAGAUGCGCUGAAGGGUCUAAAUAGUCCCCAGCUUCCUGUCUUUGUCGUCCAUGUGGGGGUUGGGCCUAUAUCUCAGUCUGACAUUGAUAUGGCAGAAGCCUGCAGUGCAUGUAUUGUUGGAUUUAAUGUGCGGAAUCCACCUAGUUCCAUCAGUUUGGCAGCAACUCAAGCAGGUGUAAAGAUAAAACUGCACCGAGUCAUCUAUCAUCUUCUGGAGGACAUUGGUAAUUUAAUUGUUGAGAAGGCCCCUGGGACAUUUGAGACCCAGGUUGCUGGAGAGGCGCAGGUGCUGAACAUAUUUGAACUUAAAGGAAGGAGCAAAGCCAAGGGAGCAGAUGUCAAGAUUGCUGGUUGUCGAGUCACUGAUGGUCGCUUCACCAAGUUAUCAACAAUGAGGAUUCUUAGAAGUGGUGAAGUUGUUUUUGAAGGUUCUUGUACGUCUCUGAAACGGGAGAAGCAUGACGUUGAUGCAGUUGGGAAAGGAAACGAGUGUGGACUAGUAAUCCAGGACUGCAUUGAUUUCCGGGUUGGAGACGUUAUUCAGUGCCUGGAGCAAGUCAACAUAAAGCCUAAAUUCAUUUCGUCAGAAAAUGGAGCUGUUCGAAUUGAGAGCUAACGAGUUUUCGUGCAGAAGUAUCAUCUGCAGCUUGUGAUUUGGAGUCUGGUUUGCUAGCCCCCGCACUUUUCUUGAGUAGAUGACAAUUUUGGUUAAACCAUAGAAUUUUGGGGGAUUGGUGGUAUUUUUGACGAGGAGCUAAAGGCUUAUUACCAGUUUCCCCGAAACCAAUUCUUUUGUUCAUUUUCUGUUGAAGAAGAAACCAAACUCAAUAGGAGAACUCGCAUCGAAUUAGUCAUUUUGAAAGCAUGUCAAGUGUACUAGGGGAUAUAUGGGAACAAUAAAAACCGGAUGAGCAAGUGAACCUACUAAUCUCCUUGAUAAACUUUUCAAGGAGUGAUGAAUGUGUGCUUCUUCUAGCUUGUGUACGUUCCCCUGUUAAUGGAUGCAUUUUUCUAAUCA